AUGGAUGGCACUAUUGAAGAUUUUUGGAGAAUGAUUUGGCAGGAAAAAUGUAAAAGCAUCAUAAUGUUAUGCAAUUUAAUGGAGUGUGGAAAAAAGAAAUGCGAACAAUAUUGGCCAGAUAGUGCCAAUCCAAAUAAGGAGCUAGCCGGUUGCAAAUUGUCGAUUAAAUUCGUGAAAACCAUGGAUGUGGAGGAGAAUAUGGUUCAAACUACGUUAGAGUUAUCCGUGGGCAAUUCAGAGAAGCACACAGUGGAACACCUUCAGUGGAAAGAUUGGCCUGACAGAGGCGUUCCCACGGUGGACCUGUCUUCGUUUCGUCUUCUGGUGCGAGUGAAGAAGCUCACUCCGAUCGCAGUACAUUGUUCGGCCGGAAUCGGACGUACUGGCACCAUUGUGGGAUUGGACGUAUUAUACUCGAAACUUAGAAAGGGACAUGCUACAACUUUGGAAAGCGUCGUUCGGGGUAUACGUAACGAUCGGCAUGGCUCAGUGCAAACAGACGUACAGUAUCUUUUUAUGCAUCGUAUCCUUUUGGCAGUAGCUGAGAAUAAAAAAAUAAUCACGAUUAGCGACGUGGAAAAAUUUGUGACCGAUUACGACGCAUUUUGCAAGUCUAAGGGUUAUGUUGGUUGA